AAAACAACCUUGGAAGAUCACGAACUUGUAACAACAGAGAAUUAAUUGUAAUUUGGAAACUCUGCUUUUCUUCGUCACUGCUAGAAGAUUUCUAACAAAACUUAUGGCUCUGUCCACCUAAUUGAAGGAAAUAUCUUCAAACCUCUGGAUCCAGUUCUUCUCUCCUUUAAUAAUACUCUUAAAGUACCUUUGGCUCAUUCAAUGGCUUCUUCCAGAGCCCAUCCUACCAUUCCUGCCAAGAAGCCUCCAUCAUCUGUCCCACCUCCUAUACCAUCAAGGGUAGACCUUGGUGAGAUGCCUGUAGAAGCUGUUAGCUCGGAUAAAGGGCUUGAGAAAGAUGACUUAGCAACCAAAAGAUCCCCAAAAAUUAAGGCAAAAGGGAGACCGGAGAUAACCAUAGUGUCAGCAAGACCAUUGGACUCCUCUGGGGUCAUACCACCUCCUUCACACCCCAAUCAGCCUACAUCAGCAACUCAGAUGCCAACCAUUGCUCAAAAGCCAAGCCGAAAACCCAAGAAUAGGGAGCCCCCACCUAGACCCAAGUCCCGGCCUGUGAGUGAAAUUAACUUGCGACCAGAUGAACAGAACAUAGGGGCAAAUUUUGGGGAAGGAGGCAGUGUUCGCAAACCUACUGAGAGGAGUGUGGAGGGAGAGAACUCGAAUGGAGUGGAGAUUCCAACAAAGGGGUCUGUCUCAAGGAUAUCAGCACCAGUUCCUCCAGUGCAGAAGAUAUCAAAAGACAAAGCUGAGGAGGGUGAUAACGAAGGACGGAAAUUAAAUCCUUUUUUUCAUGAUAACUUAGAAUCGAAUGGGAAAGUAGAACCUGAUGCAGUGAAAGAUAUUCCAGCAGCAAAGAAGCCCAUUCCAAAACCCACAGUCAUCCGACUAAAACCUACACAGAAGGAAAAGAAUGACUCAAACCCCUUUGUGGAAGAGGAUGGUCAAAAUAGCAUCAACAGUGCAAUAUCAGUGCAUGACAGAGCCGCAGGAAAGAAAAGCAAACCCACAGUCAUCGUCCCUGCCAAACCAGCAAAGAAAGCAGCAGUUGACACAGAAGGGUUGAAAGAAAAGGAAGAAAACAAAGAGGAAUGUGGCGUAAAACCAAAGCCUGACAGUAGUAACGGAGGAAAACCACCUCCUCCUGCUAAAAAACCCAAGCCGUCUCUUAAACCGAAACCUCACAGUUCCCCAGAAACUCCCAGUAAACCGUCGAGGGAAGAAGCCCAAAAAGAGAUUACAGCUGUCCCCAAACCUAAGAGAAGGCCCACGGUGAUAGUCGCGCCUAGACGUCCUAAGAUGAGUGAAGAAGUGAAGCCUGGAGAGGAAUCUUCCGCAGGUAAGAUUCAAGAGGAUAAACCUCGUCAGAAAUCACCCAGUGCAACUGAGUCUGCGGAGAGCAUGAAAGAGGCAAAAAUCGAAGAGACAGCGGCUGCCUUACCAGCUGUGAAACCAAGGCGUGUUCCCACCAUUAUAGCACCCCGUCCUGGUUCGCCAAGCCCUGGUGCCGACCGUAAACCUCCCAAAAGGCCAAAGAGGGGACCAAGCAUUAAGGCAGCACCGCGACGACCAAGUAGUGCUCCAAGUAAGGAGAACCAAAAUGUCGAUGCCAUUUCAACAGACAGUCAAGACAAACUCAACACGCGAGUCUCCGAGCAGGACGCGGAAACAGUGCAACAGAAAUCACCAAAGCCUAGAAGACCUGUAAGUUUGCCUGGAGUCAAAGGAAAAGAAGCGUUGACGGCUGCAGACGGGGUGGGUGAUACUGCAUCUCCACCAGAAGAGUCGAGUAAUCUGACAAGGAAGAAUUCGAAGAAGAGACCUCCCCCACCCAGGCCCCCUAUGGUGGACCAUGCCAGUGAGGCUGUAGAAGCGACCCAAAAGGUGCGCUCUGAAUCGUUAGACUUAAAAGACAGGUCAAAAAGAAGCAAACCACCGCCCAGACCUCCCGCAGCAAGUCACGUCAGUGAUAGACUGGCUUCGACUCCAGAGGAAGACAAGACUGUCACACAAGACUUUGAUACUGAAAAGUCAAAAAAGAAAAAUAGACCGCCCAGGCCGUCCUCCAAGGUGAUCGACACUAAGCACUCACAUGGGGGUAAAGAGGAAGAUUGUGCAGACGAGAAACCCAAACCAGCAAAACCUGCUCCUAUCGCUCCACUUGGAGCUAAUCUCAUGAAAACGAAUGUGACUGAGACACGAACGGUGGCGGAGUCGUCAGCUGACAAUCACGUGCAGGACAUGUCACAGACAUGUGAUUCCGUACUAGGAGGAGAUGAAUCUGCCACUGAAGCUCACGAGGAGGAUAAAAAUGAAAAGGCGUCUUCAAAAACCAAACCGAAACCCCCGCGGCCUCCAUCUUCAUCAGUGUCGACAAAGAGCAAACCACCUCGACCGUCAGCACCUGGUGAAAAGGAAGAAGUUAAAGAAGAGCAAUCUACGACCCAAGUGUCAUCUGUUAGUAAGACAUACAUUGAACCGUCCGCCAUUGCUCUGUACGACUAUAAACCUACUGCAGUGGAUGACCUGUCAUUUAAUGCAGGCGAUGAAAUUGUUCUAGUACGAAAGAUGGAUGACGAUUGGUACAUAGGCCGCCUCGGCGAUCAACAAGGAAUGUUUCCAGUGAAAUUUGUGGAAAUAAUUGAGGAUCUUCCACAAGAAAUGGAGCCGGAAACUCAACCGCUUGCAACGCCAGGAAGCUCCCCAUUCGACGUAAUGUCAUUGUACGAUUUCCGUGGAAACCUGAUGGAUGGCGAACUAGACUUCGUUGCGGGUGAAAUCAUUCACGUGGUCGCAAAAAUCAACGACGAUUGGUUACGGGGCGAACUCCGAGAACAGACCGGAGCCUUUCCAUGUAACUUCGUUGAUAUAAGCUCAGAUGUAAUCAAUAAUUUGCCUCAGUAUGAGGAAAAGGAGGGUGUUUCCAAAGGUGAUGAAGUAGAAUAUUCCGACCCGAGUGUUAGUUCGUACUGCAAAGCGCUGUAUGAUUACCAGAGCAACGUCUUGCAAGAUCUGAGCUUCAACGCAGGGGAUGUCAUCAGAAUUAACAAGAGAGUUAGUGAGGAAUGGCUUGAAGGUGAACUGCAUGGGAAAAUGGGCAUGUUUCCGGCAGCCUAUAUAGAAAUUCUUCACAACACGCCAGAGCAAAAGAGACAACCAGAGGAGAAAAAGCAUGGCAAUGUUGAGUAUGGUACAGCAUUGUAUGAUUUGACCGGCACAGUAGCCGACGAAUUGACGUUUGAUGAGGGAGACAAAAUAGAAAUUACCGAAAUAAUUAACGAUGAAUGGCUGAGAGGAAAACACAAAGGACAGGAAGGAAUGUUUCCUCGAGCUUUUGUGCAGCUGUCGAAAGAGGAAUCAGAGAAGAACUUCCCACCAGUCAGAAAGGAAAUGAAACCAACGCCAAAAGCUAAGGCCUUAUUUGAUUUUGAUGGCGAAUUUGAAGAUGAGCUGUGUUUUAGGACUGGUGACAUAAUUGUACUACUGGAGCGUGUAAAUGACGAGUGGAUUCAAGGUGAACUGGACGCGAGAGUGGGUCGAUUCCCUGCAGCAUUUGUUGAAAUCCUGACGCCACUGCCAUAAGAUUUUUUCUCAGGUGGAGUCUAACGAAUGAGAAUAAAAAGAAACAAAAAAGGAAAAAAAUCGGAGAAAACAACAAAAAAAUUGUUUCUGUUUCAUAUUUUGAAAUAUAGACGGGAACAAACCAGUUUCAGACAAAAAUUUGAAAAUGUCUUGCAUGAUACUUCGCGACCCAGGAAAAGUGAACUUGAAUAAUUUAGCUUUGUGUUUGUUAUUUGCGUUUGACGUGGAGAAAUCAUAUUAUUUGUGUCGUUUUUUUGUGGAUGUUGUGAAAUCUGAGGGUUUGGGUGCCAUUCUGGACCGGCUGGCCACUCGCCUCUAUAUCAGUGAAGUCUCGUGGGUUGAGUCGCUUCGGUGUGGAUGCCCUGAGGAGAUACGUACACAAAUUACAACCAUUUGAUCGAACGAGUUGAGUGACAACAAAUCACAGCUGUGAGUCUGAGGGUCUAACGACGCAUUUGAUUUUGUCACGCCGAGAGAAAAAUAUCCAUCCCAAGCUUGACCGAACGCAUCAGUUAAUCCAUUAUUAUGACAAUUUUUAGGAAAAAGUACCGUAUUUUUUUGGAAUUAUAUGAAACUGUUUUACAAUAGAGUGUAAAAGGUCAAUAGAUAUUUAUCAAAUUGUGAUGUGGUGUUAUUCAAACAUUUUAAUUGAUACCAGAUCAGAUGAUAUCACUUGUAAAUGAGUGACUCUUUUUAUGAUUGUAAAAAUAGUUCAAAAUAUAUACUAAACUAUUUUUUAA